AAAUCUGGUACACUAUCUUCCUCCCCCUUUUUAUCAUAUCGAUUUCCAACUAAACUAAACCCACUCAAAAAAAAUGCCAAUUUUAUCAUCUCUUCCAAACCCCAAUCUCUUCACAUCCCUCCCAUCACCGUCACCACCACCACCACCACAAACCACCACCAUCAAACCCCCAAUCCCAAUCCCCAAAUACCCACCACCUCCUUCCAAAAACAAACCCCUCCAAAACCCAGCUUUCAAAACCUUCCACCGCCGUACCAAAUACUACAAACCCAUCACUUCCGGCGACGUCAUUUCCACCUCAGACGACGACAGGGCCGUCGUGGUCGGCGAUUCCGGCGUGUCUUACCAACUCCCCGGUGCCCCAUUUGAGUUCCAGUACAGUUACUCUGAAACCCCACGAGCCAAGCCGAUUGCCAUCCGUGAGCCGGCUUUCUUGCCAUUUGCGCCGCCCACUAUGCCCCGGCCUUGGACCGGUAAAGCCCCUUUGAAGAAAUCUACUAGAAAGGUUAAGCUUUUUGAAUCGUUGGGUGAGAGUGGUGAUGAAGAUGUUAACAAGUUUGAAAUGUUGAAGCCUUAUGAGCUUGGAGAUUAUGUUGUGAAAUCGAGAGAAGAAGUGCUUGGGAAGCCGUUGAGCCGAGCUGAACGGCUUGAGCUUGUUAAACGACAUGUUUCUAGUAACAGGCAAGUCAAUCUUGGAAGGGAUGGAUUGACACACAAUAUGUUGGAAUUGAUACAUUCUCAUUGGAGGAGGGAUCCUGUUUGUAAAGUUCGAUGUCUUGGCGUUCCCACUGUUGAUAUGAGAAACGUUUCUCGUGUUCUUCAGGAGAAGACAGGUGGUAAGAUCAUUCUUAGAACGGGUGGUGUGCUUUAUCUCUUUCGUGGUAGACACUAUGAUCCCCAUAAUCGUCCAAAAUACCCGAUAAUGCUAUGGAAACCUGCAACUCCAGUUUACCCUAAGCUUAUACAAUCAGCACCAGAAGGUCUAACUAAAGAAGAAGCUGAUGAAAUGAGAAUGAAAGGGAAAAAUCUUCCGCCAAUUUGUAAACUUGCGAAAAACGGAGUCUACCUGACUUUAGUGAAAGAUGUGAGACAUGCUUUCGAAGAAUCUACCUUGGUGAAGAUCGACUGCAGAGGGAUGCAUGCAAGUGAUUACAAGAAGAUAGGGGCGAAGUUAAAGGAAUUGGUCCCUUGUGUGCUACUCUCCUUUGAUGAUGAACAAAUCUUGAUUUGGAGAGGUCAUGGGUGGAAGUCCAUGUACCAUGGUGAACCUAUAUUUUCCUCGCCGAGCACUCAUGAUAACAUUCAGAAGGAUCCUAAUUCCGAAAACACAAAUGUUGCCUUUUACAAGUCAGAAAUUAGAACAUCGAUUUCAAGUCCAAAAAUGACAUCAUUGUGGAGGAGAGCCAUUGAGUUGAACAAGGCAAUGUUGCUGGAAGACACUUGUCUGGGACCUGAUGAUCUUUUGAAGGUGGUUGAGGGAUUUGAGACAGUUUCACAGGUAACAGACCAUUCAUAUCCUGCGGUAAUUGUGUCAAAUGACGAAAGUCAAAGUGAAAAGGAGGAUUAUAGCCACGGCGACGACUACUUUGACGAUGAAGACUUAGACGACGAUUAUGGUGAUUUUAGUGAGAAGUCAGCCCCUCCUGGAACGUUACCAGUUGAUCUUAUUGCAGAGCAGUUCAGUGACGGUGACGAAUGGCGUCCAAACCGAACUCGUAGAUGAGGAAGAUGCCGACUCUGUUGUAUAUAUUUGUUCUAACAAUGAAUAUGUUUAUUAAAGUUAUGAGAAUGUAGCUGUAAAAAGAAUAACUAUGGGAAUGCAUACAUGUUUUGAUCAAGCAAA